UUCAGUCACUGCAGUUACUUCUCUUAAUGUAAAGGUUUCCACGACACUGAACCAUGCUGAAAAACAUCCUUAUACCGCUGAGUCUUGGCUUCUAUUUAUCUGCACAAGCGCUCGAAGAUCUCCAUGGAAAGGUUUUCACCUUCCCGACACUUACAGACCAUGUGAAGGUCACUCCUAUGAGCAGCUCUGGCCUGACAAGCGGGACGGUCUGCUUGAGGUACUACACAGAUGCUGACCGAGAACACUCCUUCUUUUCCCUGGCCACUAAAUCCCACGACAAUGCCUUCCUGCUGUACAAAGUAGCAAGAGGCAACUAUGAGCUAUAUGUCGGAAACGAUAAGGUUGCAUUCCAGAAUCUGCCGGAUGAGAUGAAUCGGUGGAACUCAGUCUGUGGACUCUGGGAUUCCAACACGGGUCUGGGCCAGUUCUGGGUGAAUGGGCGGAGGGGGUCCCCAAAGCUCCUCUUCAAAGGUGGCAAUCUGCAGGGACCUUUCAGCAUCAUUCUCGGCCAGGACCAGGACUCAUAUGGUGGCGAUUUCUCUACCAGUGAAGCGCUUUAUGGGCAGCUCACUGACGUGCACAUGUGGGACCACAUCCUGCCUACAUGUGAAAUCCAGAGAUUCAUGCAAGGCAAAGCUUUCAAGUCAGGGAAUAUUGUUGACUGGGGUAAAAUGGACUUCAUUUUGGGGGGUAAAGUGGUCCUGCAAAAGAAUCAGGAAGAAUGCAAUGCUUCUUAAAAACACUGGAUAAAAUUUGCAAUAUGAAAGCAGAGAAGUGGCUUGCUUCCAUAGGCCUUGCUUAUAAUAAAAAAAUAAAAUUUCUUUAAAAAAAUUUGGAGUUUGACAGCUCCACUGCUUUCUAUAAAUGAUUGUUUCUCCAACGGGUGUGCAUGUCCCUUUAAAAUUGUAAUUUACUUAUCACUUUUCUUCUCAAGUCUGUUCAAUUAAAUUUCCUU